ACGUUUUGUUUUGGUUCCUGUUUAUGGACCUGGCAGCUCCCGAUCUUCUGUCACUCUGCCGGCGGUCAGGAUGGACUACACCUGCCUCUUCCUCUUCAGCGUCUGUCUGUUUGGCGGCUGCGUGGCUUCACCGCCGAACUUCGUCCUGCUUUUCGCAGAUGAUUUAGGUUUCGGGGAUUUGGGCUGUUAUGGACACCCCACUUCACUCACCCCAAACCUGGACCGCCUGGCUGCAGGGGGACUCCGGUUUACGGACUUCUACGCCACCAGCCCCGUCUGCAGCCCGUCCAGGGCAUCGUUGUUGACGGGGCGUUAUCAGACCCGCUCAGGCAUCUACCCAGGAGUGUUGUACCCGGGCUCUGUAGGCGGCCUUCCUCUGAAUGAGACCACCAUCGCUGAGGUCUUGAAACCUCUGGGUUACGCCACCGCUGCUGUAGGGAAGUGGCACUUGGGAUUUGGGGCCAAUGGGAUGUUUCUUCCAACCAAGCAGGGGUUCGACCAGUACCUGGGGAUCCCCUACUCCCAUGACAUGGGCCCCUGUUGGAACCUGACUUGUUUCCCUCCAGACGUCAAGUGUUUCGGCUUGUGUGAUGUUGGUACUGUAACAGUCCCGCUAAUGCACAAUGAGGUCAUCAAGCAGCAACCAGUCAACUUCCUGGACCUGGAAAGGGCUUACAGUGACUUUGCAACCAAUUUCAUUACCACUUCAGCCAAGAAAAAACAACCCUUCUUCCUCUACUAUCCUUCCCAUCACACCCACUACCCCCAGUAUGCAGGUCCAAGAGCAGCCGGGCAGUCUUUAAGGGGCCCGUUUGGAGAUGCUCUAUUUGAGUUUGAUAACACUAUAGGAAACCUACUGACAACCCUGGAGGAGACAGGAGUGAUCAACAACACGCUGGUUUUCUUCACAUCAGACAAUGGACCUGAACUGAUGCGUAUGUCCCGUGGCGGUAACGCUGGCCCUCUGAAGUGUGGGAAAGGCACCACAUAUGAAGGAGGCAUGAGAGAGCCGGCUAUCGCCUACUGGCCAGGGACCAUCAGGCCAGGUGUGACUCAUGAGAUGGCCAGCACUCUAGAUAUCCUCCCUACCAUCGCAAGUCUGGCAGGAGCCAAACUGCCCCAGGUGAUGCUGGAUGGGGUUGAUAUGACACAAAUCCUUGUCAGCCAAGGAAUGAGUAAAAGGGAGACAAUGAUGUUCUACCCCACAGAUCCCAGUGAAAUGUACGGCCUGUUUGCUCUCAGGCUGGGGAAGUACAAGGCCCACUUCUAUACACGAGGUGCUACCCACAGUGGUACCACCCCAGACCACGACUGCCCAGUAUUCGCGGUUCUCAAGUCCCAUGACCCCCCGCUGCUUUUCAACCUGGAGUCUGACCCCUCUGAGAACUACCCUCUCCCUCUGAUUGGAAGGCCUGACCUCCAGGAUGUGCUGGACACAAUCAAGAAAGUCAAGGAGCAGUUUGAAGCCACCAUGGUGUUUGGAGAGAGCCAGAUAUCGAAAGGAACAGAUCCCAACCUGGAGCCUUGCUGCAAUCCUCAGUGUAGCCCCAAGCCCAGCUGCUGCCAGUGCUGACAGGGCCAGAAGUUUCACAACUGCUAAUAUAGACAACGUGGGGAAGGUUGGAGGCACUGCACUGCUUUCACCCUAAAAUUGCUCAGUGAUGCCGAUUUUAUAAUUAUGCAUUGCUACUUUCUUGUGGACAGCUUUCAGCACUGUUCAUACUGAAAAGUACUAUUGCAAACGAUCUGUUUCCUCAGUGAGGAUUUUCUUGAUGUUAAUGUUGAUUAUAUUUCAAAUUAAUGUAUAACAAUGUACUGUAUAUUUCCUGAUUUGACUUAAUGUUUUAUUAAUUGAUUAAUUUGUGUAAUUUCCAAAUUAAAAUUUAAAUUUUAAUUAAAAUUUUAUUACAAUUUUAAUAAAUAUGUGGAUUUAAAUGAAAUGAAAA